GGAAGUGCAGGGUGAGGCCGACCCGGAAAGAGCGGGAAGCCCGGGGCGCUUCUGAUCACGCGCCGGGCGGAGUCGCUCGCGCUGGGGUUUCCUCAGCCCACCUUGGAGAAGAUGAAGUGUGUGAUGGACAACCGUCAAGUGAAAGUGUUUGGGAAAGCAAUCCAUGCUUUAGCUCGAAUCAGUGAGGAUCUGUGGCUCGACCCAAAUGAAAAAGGUUUUGGACUUCGGUCCAUGAGUUCUUGCAGAUCAGCUUAUGGAAGUAUUUUAUUCCCAGUUUCAUUCUUUCAACUGUACCAAUGGACGACUACAUCUGAAAUGUGUGACAGUAACAUGUCAUUGUAUCUAAAAUGUAAAUUGGGAAUGAAGUCGGUUCUGCCUAUAUUUAGAUGUCUGAAUACACUUGAAAGAAAUGUAGAAAAGUGCAGAAUUUUUACAAGUGUUGAUACAGGCCAUGUGAUUUUUCAACUUUUCUGCAAACAUGGCGUUAUAAAAACUCAUAAUCUCUAUUUUCAAGAAUCUGAACCUGUAGAAGCCGUUUUUGCAAAGCAUAUGUGUGCUAAUGUAUUGAAAGUUCAGUCAAGGUUGUUGGCUGAAAUAAUGGUUCAUUUUCCAUUGAAUCAGGAAGAAAUUACUUUAGCUGUGACACCACUGAAAGUUUGCUUUAAGAGCUAUUUUGAGGAUAAAACAGAUUUUGCCAAGGCUACAUACACUGAAAUGCAUCUUGAUCCUGACGAAUUUGACUACUUUCAAGUUGGAAUUGACUCUGAAGUAACAUUUUGUCUUAAAGAACUUAGGGGAUUGUUAGCAUUUUCAGAAGCUACAGUUGCUCCUAUCUCUAUUUAUUUUGAUCAUCCUGGAAAACCUGUGGCUUUCAACAUUGAUGAAAUUAUCUUAGAUGUCACUUUUGUUUUGGCUUCGUUAGCUGAUGUUCAAAGUAGAUCUUCUCAAAGUUCACUCCUUUCACAAAACCUGAAGAGGUCAGAUCUGAUAAAGUCAAAGUCAGGCACUGAAGGCAAUCUAACACACAUAGAGAAGCAGCCUAUCAAGUCCAAGAAACCCUUAUGCAAUAAGAGACAGAUCACCACCAAUGAAUUAGAAAGUUUUAGUAUUCCUGCAGUGAAAAGAGUGGAUACCCACAUUGCUGAAACAGAAAACUACCAUAGUGUCGUGAAAGAGGUGAUGCCAAAGACUCAAGUCUAUGAUAAGUUUUGUUCCCUGUUUUUUGGAGCAGUUUCACCUAAGCACCAUGACUUCAACCAACCAUGGCUCAAUCUGACACCAAGUGACAAUGAAGAUGACGACAGUCAUAGUCUGUUCUCCCAAGUCUCCUGAUGUUGAAUGAUGGCUUCGCAAGUUCAGCUUCCAGAUGGUAGAACGGAUGACCCAUUACUAAAACAUGCAUCUGUUGAACAAGUUCUUAUAAGGUUUUUAUUUAAAGAGAAUACCUUAAGGGGUUCAUAGUACUUCAUUCUGAUAGGAUUGAAAAUAAUAUCACUUUAAAUGUUAUUAAAUGUGUUUGGUUGUAAAAUAUAGGCCAUUACUGUGAUCUGUGAUGCCUUAGGGGAAGCCCAAGGUCACCAUUCUUCUCUGUGGUCCCAGCUGAACAUUCAGUUCCCUUCUCAAAGUGCAGAAGUUCAGUGUCUUUUCACAAUAGAACUUGGUCAGUUUAACUAAAACACCUAAACUUUAUUCAGUGGCUAAUAACCUGUAGGAAUCAGUACCAACUCUUUAAUAUACGUCAACAUAGCUUGCCACAUAAUGUUGUUUUGCGAUUGAUUCAUGGAUAACAUUGGUACUUGGGUGCAAAGAUUCAAACUCUAAAACUGUAAUGUCAGCUUUUUUCUUAUUGUUGAGAAAUUCUGGAUUAAGGGUUAACUCCUUAAGUCCCAGAGGGACCAUCCUGAAAAUAAAAAUCUAAUUAAUCAUCUGUGAAACAAGAGUGUCCAUUUUGUUA